UCGUUCAGAAAAGUAGUAUUAAAAAAUAUUUCCACGAAAGCAUGAUUUAUAAAUUUUGUUUACUAUUUUUGCUUGUUCUAAGCAUCGCUGGUUUUGUUUCACCGCUGCCAGGGGGAAAUCGCAGAAGUUGUGGGGAAAACGAAGUGUACACAGAAUGUGCCAGCCGUUGCCAGCCCAGGUGCUUUAUUACCAGAGAUACCUGCACGUUACAAUGUAUGCAUGGAUGUAUAUGUAAACGUGGUUAUAUCUUGAACGCAAACAAUACAUGUGUCUUGCUAGAUGAUUGUUAAGUGAAGGAAACACUUUAACGACGAUAGAUACGCAGAUGGAGGUGUAAUUCAGGUCUAUUGUGGGAUGGAUUAUGUAAGGAGUUUUAGAUUAAAAUAAAUAAAUCAAUUCAUUUUUCCGUUCUACCAAAUAUAUGAAAUGUAGGAAAAUAAAGAAUUUAGAGGUUCAAGGUAACCUAUUCAUGCCAUAAUAAUCUUUUAUAUAAGUUAGUAU